AUGAGCCUGCUCUGUGUGAUGCUUCUGACUCUCAUGAGGCUCAACCGCACUGCUGUGGUAGCCUCACCCGUCCGCAUCGCUGACCAACCUCCACAAUCACUAUCUGAGGCUGACCAGAAGAUUGCAGAGGAAUAUCUGAAGCACUUCUAUGGGUACCAGCCCAAGACAGAAAGACAAAAAAGGGCUGAAGACUUAAAUAAGGAUCCAAACUGGACGAGAGGACUCUGUGAGAAGGUGAAGAAAAUGCAACGAUUUUUUGGCUUGCCUCCCGAUGGGAAACUCAAUAAAGAGACUCUCUCCAUAAUGAAGAAGCCACGCUGUGGACUGUCAGAUGUAGAGCCCUAUGGAAGCACGUUUCGUUGGAGGAAUGUGACAAUUAGUUACAGAAUUGCUGGUAAAAAUCUACCAUUUCCAGUCCAAAAAAUUCAAAAAGUAAUCAAGAAAGCACUGAAGCUGUGGUCCAGUGUUUCCCUGAUUAAAUUUCAAAAGCGGAAACGAAGAGAAGCAGACAUUGUCAUCACCUUUGCCAGCGAUGACCAUGGGGAUGGGGUUCCUUUUGAUGGAAAUGGGGGUGUCCUGGCUCAUGCCUACCUCCCUGGUUCAGGCAUUGGAGGGGAUGUGCACUUUGAUGCUGCAGAGAAAUGGAGCUUGAACUCUGCUGAUGCAGCAGGUGUCAGCCUACAUGUCAUUGCAGCUCAUGAGUUUGGUCAUGCUCUGGGCCUCUCGCACUCAUCGGAUCCAGGAUCCAUUAUGUACCCAGCAUACAACUUUUCACCUGGUCUCGAGCUUCAGCUCUCCUUUGAUGAUGUGAAAAACAUCCAACAUCUUUAUGGUGUAAACUCCAAAUUUUCUGCACUACUCUUGAAUAGACCCCCCCCUAAAACCCCCGAUAAAUGUGACCCAGAUCUGUCUUUUGACGCUGUCACUGAAAUGCAACAGGAGUUGGUGUUUUUCAAGGACAGAUUCAUGUGGCGCAAACAUCCCAAUUUUGUUGAAACAAGGAUCUCUCUCAUCAGCAGCCUCUGGUCAGACUCUGUACCAUCUCACCUGGAUGCUGUGUAUGAGAACUGGGAGAAGAACUUUCUUUUUUUUUUCAAAGGUGAUCAGUACUGGAAACUACAGCAGUUAAUUGUGCAGGAAGGGUUUCCCAGGAACAUCUCAGAGCUGGGCUUUCCCUCCCGAAUCAAGUCAGUGGAUGCUGCUCUGCACUUCAGACGCCAUCGUUACACUGUGUUCUUCACUGGCAGCGAAUGCUGGAGGUACAACGAACAUCUAGGUGUGAUGGAGGGAUCAUCAGUGCUGAUCGAGCAGCAGUGGCCGGGAAUCCCUUUCCCCGUAGAUGCAGCUGCCUUCUAUCAGGGUACCCAUCUCUCAUUGACUGAUUGUGUUAGAGGUUGCCUCGGAUUAUUAACAUUAAAUCUGCACUGA